UCUUUGGAGGCUUCUCCUCAACUUUUCCUUUUUUUUCAAGUUUCCCACAAAUGGAUUUGCAUCUAAUCCGUUGCCUCGUAUUUCAAAUUCAAAUUUUUGAAGAGUGGCGGCCAAUUUGCUCUUUAAAUGCACUCUCACCGAUUAGUGGCUUUUUGAAUGAAGGAGAGUAGUUUUCAAUUUACACCGCCAAUGGCUUCUUCCCAAUAUCCACAGCAAAACUCUGAUCUAGCUAUUGCUAUGGCCUUGGCAAUGGCAUCCACACCGCAAGACGAUGACGAUUUUCAGUGUCCUACUCCCGCCGUUUCAAUCAAUCAGGACCUCAUCCUCAAAUCAUGCCAAAUAUCCAAAAAGGCCAAAUCAAAGAAAGAGCUAAAACAUUCAAUUUCAAAACCUUUAAAACCUGUGAAAACCCAUCAAUACACAAAGAAGAAAACCAAGAAGAAAUUCGCAGAAGGAAAGGAGAAUACAAACGAGCCUGCCCCACUAAAACUCAAUUCCAUUGUCUUUGGUGAGUCCUGCUCCACUGGGUCACCCGCAAAAAUCAAUAUGUCUGCUGUGGUUAAAAAGGGGUUUGAUUGUGAUGGAGAUUUCAUCAAAAAAGGGGUUGGCAAGGGGAUGUCAAUUGAAAGCAGGUUGCUGAGCAGGGGAAAAUACCGUAAUCCAGAAAUUGAAGCAUUAAUGCCCUCGGCUGAAGAGGAGGUGGAUCUCCCAAGCCCUAAACCGGAGGCCCAUUUUGGUGUUUUGGCCGAAGAAGGUGGCUUAGAUUCCCUGAGUUUUGAACCCGGGACCCAACUGAAUGCUUUAAUGCAGCUUUGUUGCUCUUCCGAUGGAGGGCAAACAAUAGGUGACAGGGACAAUGAUAAUUUUGAAAAUUUUGAGGCCGAUGGGUCCUGCAGUGAAUUAGAGGAAGAACAGAUUAUAAGUCUUAUGACUCAGGUCUGUAGUCCGUGUAGAAAAACUACGAGGGUUUUGGUUAGUCAGAGUUCUUUAGAUAAGGAUUCGAUUUAUAAAGAUAAUCGAGACCAGGCAUGUAGUCCUUUAAAAUUCUCUAAUAUUUGUCAUGAUAAUGGUCCCUGUAGAAACCCUAGUAAUGUUUUGAAUCGGGCCAUUACUUCUUCUGGAUUCGCUACCAGUGCUUUGCACGAAGACAUUAUUCAAUUUAAAAUAAGUAAUGCUCAUCCAGGUGAUGAAGGCUGUUUUAUUAAUGGCGUUAGUUCAUGUGGACUCCCGGAUAAUGAUUUAGCCCAGGCCAGUGAUCCCUGUAGAAUACCAAACAAUGAGAAUCACCAAAAUAUGGAUCAUGCUACAAGUUCGCGUGGGAUUACAAAAGACGACGUGGGUGUUGAAGGUUUUUCGGAUGAGGAAGACCAGCUGGUGCUAUGCCCUGUUUGUGGAAUUGAAAUCAGUCAUCUGAGUGAUCGAGAACGCGAGACUCACACCAAUGAUUGCCUUGACAAGAAUGAAAUAGAGACUGUGGCUAGUAUAACUGAUAUUCCACAGGAAGAUAUCCCCAAGACUGUUGUUGAUGUCACUCGAGUUGUUAAAUGGCUGGACACUUUAGGCCUCUCUAGAUAUGCUGACCUUUUUAUUAAGGAGGAGAUUGACUGGGAUACUCUUCAGUUGCUUACCGAAGAGGACCUUAGUAAUCUUGGUAUUCUGACGCUUGGUCCAAGGAAGAAGAUAGCACAUGCACUUCAUGAACUAAGAAAAGUAACUACUUGUUCAAUGGAGCUCAAUACCAAUGCUGUCAAAGAAGUGGUAAAUAUGAAUGACAAGUCCAAGUCGAGAGAAUCAGGCAACAAGUUGAUUACAGCAUUUUUUCAAGGUCCUUCAUCUGUUACACGGAGGCAAGUUGAUUCCCAUGUUAAUAACUAUCAACAAGCAGACAGAGCCACAACGGUAUCUGGCCGGAAAAGAGAUAGAAAUAAAAAUCGCUCCAUGGCUACCACACUCACAGGCAUUCCUGAAUGGCUGUCUGUUCCAGGAACACCGUUUCGAGUGGAUGCUUUUCGUCAUCUAAGUGGAGAUUGCUGUCAUUGGUUCCUUACUCAUUUUCAUACAGAUCACUAUCAAGGGCUUACCAGGUCCUUCCGUUAUGGCAAAGUGUACUGCUCAUUAAUAACAGCACGUCUUGUCAACUUGAGAGUUGGAGUUCCAUGGGAUAAAUUGCAUGUGAUACCUUUAAAUGAGAGAAUCAACAUUGAUGGAGUGUAUGUGACUUUUGUUGAUGCCAAUCACUGCCCUGGCUCAGUUAUCAUUCUCUUUGAACCACCCAAUGGUAAGCCUGUUCUUCACACAGGGGACUUUCGGUUUUGUCAAGAAAUGGUUAUGAAUCCAAUUCUUCAAUCCUGUAAUGUUCAUACACUUAUUCUUGAUACAACAUAUUGUGAUCCUCAGUAUGACUUUCCAAAGCAAGAGACAAUUAUUCAGUUUGUGCUAGAUGCUAUCCAAGCAGAAGCCUUCAACACAAAAACUCUCUUUUUGAUUGGCACUUAUACCAUUGGAAAGGAGAGAAUAUUCUUGGAAGUUGCAAGGGUCCUUCGGAAGAAAGUUUAUGUUGGGGCAGCCAAGCUUCGGUUGCUUGGCUGCUUGGGACUACCUGCAGAAGAUAUGCAGUGGUUAACAUCAAAUGAACAAGAAAGCCAUAUUCAUGUUGUGCCCCUGUGGUCCAUAGCCAACUUCAAGAGGAUGAAUUUCAUCUCAAAGCAUUAUCAAGGGCGUUACAAUUCUGUAGUUUCAUUCUCUCCAACAGGAUGGAGUUUUGGGAAAGGAAAGAAGAAGUCUCCAGGAAAAAGAUGGCAGCAGGGAACUAUCAUCCGUUAUGAGGUCCCCUACAGCGAACACUGCAGCUUCACAGAGUUGAGAGAGUUUGUCAAGUUUGUUGCACCAGAUAACAUCAUACCCAGUGUCAAUAAUAAUAGUCCUCAGGCUGCUGAUAAAAUGGUGGCGACUCUCCUCAAUGAUGAUUCCUGAAUGUUUUCAUUCUAUUCAGCUUAAGGAUGCAUGAGACCAGUCACACUGCAGCUUCUCUGCAUUGGUUGUGAUUCCAUCUUAUGUGGAUCCUUUGUCCUUAAAUACUUACAGCAAAAGAUGGAAGUUGGUCAAGCAAAUCGAUGUAACAUAAUAUAAGCUUGGGCUCCCACACUUAUUGGGAUCCUCAUUUCCAGAAAUUUGGAAUGCAAAUUUAUUAUACUUGUAAAUAUUUGCAAUGGUUAUAAUGAUAAAUGCAAGCUUGAGCUUAUAAGCAGAGCAGGUUCAGUCUA